AUGGAGGCAUACCGAUGCAAAUCCCAUAAUCUGAAUCGGUCGAGUGGUUUCUCCAGUUGUCGAAGCUCUGGUUUGUUGACCCGACCCGCAUCCCCAAACCGGGUCAAUCUUCGCCGACCAGUAACUUCUUCAUCGUUUUCUUCCACGUCAACCGGCGGUUCUAUUUCCGUUCACCGCCGUGAACCACAGCAGAAUAGUGGCCAACAAAAUAAGAAACGACAUUGCAUGUGUGCGCCGACAAAUCAUCCAGGUUCAUUCCGUUGUAGCCUUCACAAGAAUUCAAAUCAGCCCAAAUAUGGCCAUAUCAAUACGACGACAUUGAAUUUGAAUAUUAUGCGGCGAUCGGCGAUGGUGAAUUCGCUCGUUGGGAUUGGAGCCGUUGAAGAUGGCGAAUUGGUAAAGAGGAAACUUAUUGCUUUCAUUAUUUGGCCAUCUAAAUCUAAUUCCUAUCAUCAUAAUCAUAAUCAUAAUCUCAAGCCUACGCACGAUUUUCAGCCUAGGUCAAGCAGGCUCUCCGUUAUGUCCAAGGCCCGAGAUUUUUGA